AUGUUAGCCAUGAGGAGAUGCUUGGAGAGGCAAGAACGAGAAAUUAAAGAAAGAGGGCGUAGACAAGCUGAAGAAAAAAGGGUGCAGCAAGAAGAUGAUGAACAAGUUGUCAUGGCAGUUGGUAUGCUCGAUCUAUCAAGGCAAGGCUGCCAUUGUGGUUCACAAGUCGCCCGUAAUCGGACAAUGACCAACUUGGACCCAACACUCAUACAACAGAACAUCUUCCAUGGUUGUCCACGUCCCUACGGCUUCGAUGGAAGAUGCCAUAAGAUGGUGAAUAAAAAUGAAAAUUGA